AAACUGCAAUAGCUUUUACCCGUUAAAAAAACAUCUUCUCAUCUCCCUAUUAAUAUUUAUAAUCCUAAAACGGGUAUUUUCUUUAAGUGUGUUUCCUCCCUUAAGUUAAUUCUCAUUUGUUCAAAACAUCUGACUUCUAGGAUCUUUAGGAAUGAUGAAAUGGGGAAGAAAGAAACUUGUUACUUCUUCAUCUUCUUUGUCUCGUGCUCAUCAUGUUUCUUGGUUUUCAAAGUUGAGAGGUUCUUCUGACUUGAAACCUGCAAAGGAGAAGAAGCAUCAUGAUGAAGCUAUCCAGAAGAUGUCUACAAAAUCUUCCUUGAGUUCUACUAAACCUGGAAAAGAUAUUCAUGAGAGCAGCAAAAGGUUACAGAGAGUAUCAGAAGAGAAGGAGAACGUUGCAAAAAGGUCAGCAGGUAUGGAGUCAAAUGAGAAGUUUGAAGAGAUCAUGAGCAGUGUGAAGAAGAAAGCAAGAGAUAACCAAAGGGAGACGCGUGGCUUCCUAGAAGUAGAGGCAAUGGAUAGAGACAAAGGAGGAACUGUGAUCAUGACGCCAAGAAUUCACGUGAACAGAGAUAAGAAGAGACGUGACCAAAAGCUUCUCCUACAAAAACCAAAGAGAUCAGAACAGGAGUCAGAGGUCAAGGUGCAAAAACCAGCCACAAGAACAUGUACAAGAAGCUACAGUAGAGAAGAUUUUGUGAAGCUGAAGGAAAUAAAACUAAGAGAAGUGAAGCUGAAGGCUGACCAACAGAGGAAAUCUAUGUACCUGAGAAGGGAGCUAGGAACAAAAGAAAACAGCAAGGUUAGAGUCUUUUCACCAAGAGCAUGCAGAGUUAAAGCUAUUCAAGACUUGAAGAAGGCUAAACUGAGAGCACGCGAGCACGAUGGAGGAGGAAUUGAGAAGGAAAGCUUUGCAGUAGUGAAAUGCUCGAGCGAUCCUCAGAAGGAUUUUAGAGAUUCAAUGGUGGAGAUGAUCAUGGAGAAUGGUAUUAUCAACCACCCUGAAGAACUCAAAGAGCUUCUGGUUUGUUAUCUUAGACUCAAUACCAAUGAAUACCAUGAUAUGAUCAUCAAUGUGUUUCAGCAGGUGCACAGUGAUUUACAUUUACAUUAAUUUUGGUGUUGAAUAGUAAUUAUCCCUC